CUAUUGAUUUUUUUUCGCAAGCGGACAAACGUAUACUAGUACAGUACGGUAGCAGUUAAGUUAACAAUCGUCGCAUACGAGCUUGCGGUAAGCUGGUUAACUACAUAACACGUCUAAACUUCCAGGGAUGGCUUAAAACAUGACUAAUGUGCUGAUUCUUGAACUGUGCCAUCAGACGCUGCGUGGGCAUUCAAAUUUACUACUAUGAAUCGACUAACGGUGUUACUCUGUAUGUGCCUUGUGACUUUUGGAUACAGCUUGAAAAAUUCGCAAGUCCAGCUAAAGAAUGUGUUGCUGGAUUACCUGAAAUCACUGAAUGGAAAUAAGGAAACGGCCCUGGACUCAAGACACAGUGCUGUCACGUGGUUACACAAGGUCAAUGGAAGGCUACUGGAAUUGGAGAACAUGCAGGCUGAAGCACUUUGGAACUUCGAAACCAAUCUGACGUCAGCAAACAAGAAAAUGGUUGGCGAUAUAGACCGCGAGGCGUCAGAGAUUUAUCAACAGUUGCUAGACGAGGCUAAGGCUGUCGAUCCCAGUGUGCUGGACCAGACUCACAGAAGAAUGAUGAGGUUUCUCCAGUCAUAUGCAAAGUCUAGAGAUCCUAACAUAGUUGAACACACCAGCACUACUAGAAGUGAUAUGGUGACGAUUUACAACACUGGAAAAGUCUGCAGAAUAGAAGAUCCGCACAAAUGUCUGCCGCUGGAACCGGAACUGGAAAAUGUUAUGGCCAACAGCAGAGAUCCGGCGGAACUUUUGUGGGCAUGGAAAGGAUGGCGGGAUGUCACUGGUCCUAGAAUUAAACCCUUGUAUGAAACAUUCGUGACCCUGCUCAAUGAAGGCGCGGUCGAAAAAAACUAUGCUGAUUACGGGGCCUAUUGGAGAGAGAAGCUGUUCGACCAGACGCCGGAUUUCGAGGCUAUGUGUGAUCGUCUGUGGCUGGAAGUUAGACCACUCUAUCUUCAACUGCACGCCUAUGUACGGAAAAUGCUUACUAAGAUGUACGGCGCAAAAGUCGUAGGAACCAGUGGAUCCAUACCUGCUCAUCUUCUUGGAAACAUGUGGGCCCAAGAGUGGGGUAACAUCGUCGACAUCGUGGUUCCAAGUUCGGACCAAACUGAAAUGAAAAACAUGGAGAAUCAUCUGCAGACAGUUCUCAAAAGAAAGCAUGACGUCAUGGGACUAUUUCGACUAGCGGAGGAGUUCUUCAGUUCGAUCUCUCUCUACAACAUGACGGACACGUUCUGGAGGAAAUCCAUGCUGGUGAAACCCAAUGACCGAAAAGUGCAGUGCCACGCGUCUGCUCAUGAUAUGUUUAAGAAACACGAUUUCAGAAUCAAAAUGUGCGCAGAAGUUACGAUGGAUUACCUUCAAACUGUACACCACGAGAUGGGUCACGUGCAGUACUUCAUGGCGUACGAGAAUCAACCGACCCUUUUUCGUGACAGUCCUAAUUCCGCCUUCCAUGAGGCUGUAGGGGACACGAUGGCUCUGUCUGUACUCAGUUUUAAACAUCUCGAUACUCUAGGACUGAUGGGUUCACAAUACAAGAACAGUCCAAAGGUUGAUAUCAUGAUAUUACUGAAAUCGGCUCUCAACAAAAUCGCCUUCCUUCCGUUUGGAUAUAUCAUUGAUAAGUGGAGAUGGAAGGUGUUCAGUGGAGAAAUAAGCAAGAAUGAAUACAAUAGAAGAUUUUGGGAAAUGAGACUGAAGUACCAAGGUAUAGUGGCCCCCGUUCCACGAUCUGAGCAUGAUUUUGACCCAGCAGCUAAAUUCCACAUUCCAGACAAUUCACCAUACAUGAGCUACUUUAUCAGCUUCUUAGCCCAGUUCCAGUUUUACGAGUCCCUGUGUCAGACGAGCGGCCAUGUCGGCCCUCUUCACCAGUGCGACUUCUACCGGUCACAGGAGGCGGGAACCAAGUUCAAAAAAAUGUUGAACUUGGGCAAGAGUGUUCCUUGGCAGCAGGCACUGUUCCAAUUGACUGGAACUCGGCAGAUUUCGGCAUCGUCGAUAAAAAAAUACUUCGAGCCGCUUUCUCAGUGGCUAACCAAGCAGCUACAAGGAGAACCGCUGGGUUGGGACAAAGCCACAAUUAACUGGAAGGACUAGGCAAUAAACACGUGCUGAACAUUUUCGUUGCGCUUUUAUACAAUGGAUUUUUAGAUUUACAAAAAAACAAUAAAGAAAUGUUUUAUUUAA